AAAUUGUGUAUAAAUUUAGCAAACUCGUUAAUUUUGGUCACUCUAUUUGCAUUGUUGCACUUCAAAUGUGGCAAUGCUAGGAGUGUGGCUAGCUCCACACAGGUCUUAGCCACCACUGAAGCCAUGAAAAGCAACUCGUCUGACCAACAACAGAAUGCAACCACUGUGGACACUGCAGUGGCAAUGUUGACAACCCAAACCAAGUCACUAGAAAAAUCACAGCCGACAUCUAGCAAUGGGUUAACUCAUAUUUUGCGUAAAAAGCGUGAGACCGAAGUGGUAAUGCCCUUUGAUUUUAAUACAAUGCAUUUGCCAUGCGAUUUGGAUCAACAGGGCAGAGGUUCAAUAAUUGAAUCGUUUCCCAAUCAUUGCGUUUGGGUUUGGAAUAAUAGAUAUGCGCAUGAGGGUUUCUAUCGCGUCUACAAAACCUAUCAAUUGGAGGCUUUCUUCUUUGGGCAGUAUUAUGAGCGCUUGAAGCGCUUUGAAAUUGAUCCGCAUACUUGGGAUUACACCAACGCGGGCAUAAAUUGAGAAUGUAUCUAUGUAACUAAAAUAAAAUUUUCUGUAUGUUCAUUUGGAAACUGAACAAUAAUAA